AUGGCACCUACUUACACGUAUGACCCGAGUCUUGAAUACCUGCGCGUCCCCAUCAACAAAUUCGACGAUGGCCGACCCGAGUUCGGCAGAUACACCGUCAGCGCUAUUAUCAUUAUCGAAGAAACUGCCUUACUCGUGAAAAGAGCCGAGUCAGACACUAUGGCCGGACACUGGGAGGUCGCUGGUGGCGGUGUUGAUGAUCACGACAAAACCUUCCUCGACGCUGUCUGUCGUGAAGUCCUGGAAGAAACAGGCCUUCACGUGUCCCACAUUUCUACGCUUGUGGCUGUGGAUACCUGGAACCACAGAAGCCGUACGCGUAUUGCGAGAUACUCGUUUCUUGUUGAAGUUCGCGAAGUCUCUCGAUCAUUACCCGACGGACGACUCCAGUCGGUUCCCCGGAAUGAAAUUCCCAUCUAG